CACGCAUCACCCGAUUGCCUUUCACUUCUGAUCUAGAUCACGACGAGCGGACGGUGGUCGUCGUCGACUCCUAUGAAUUUAUAAUCAAAAGAAGAUGGAUAUGUUGGCUCUUCGUCUGAGUUUCUAUCUCGCCGUGUGCAUGUUGGAAGUGGUUCAUGGUAGCGACACUUGUAUGCCUAAAGGUGGAUGUCCUAUUAUGAUCACUCCCUCCCGAAUAGUUGUGCAGUACGGAUCUCCAUUUUAUGCCGACUGUUCGAGUUGUGUAAACGGCUCUUGUAAAGAGACGAAAUGGGAGACCCCCACGGGAUCAAAAGAAACGCUUAAUAACCCGAAUAACGGAAUCAACAAGACGAGGUGGAAUGUGGACAACGCCACAGAAUGGGACAUUAAGCCCAUGUGCUACGAGGACACCAAUUCAGACUGUUGCACUGUUUUAGCUUUCACCUUAUACAAACCUCCGGACAACGUAUCCAUCAGCUUUGUAAACCACACUGGCCCACUGCUUGAAGGACAUCAGUACAACCUCCAGUGCCGUGUCCAGAACGUUCGUCCUAUCCAGAACCUCGCCGUGACCUUCUACAAAGGAGACACCAUUCUGGACUCGGUACAGUCCAGGAGCUCUGAGAAUACAACGGUGACAGAGACGUUCACCAGCUUCAGCUUCACCUCCAGCAGAGGGGACGAUGGGGUCCAGUACUGGUGUAAAGCCAAGCUGAACCUGGGACAACAAGGUCCACCUCCUGUAACGAUGUCAGAACGCCUAACAACCACUGUGUACUUCAAACCUAAGACGGGGCAGGUAUCUACGCUAGAUCCUAUUUCCAUCACAGUAGGGGAACCUUUCCAGUUGAACUGCACAGCCCAUUCCAACCCCAGUCCAGCCUACAGUUGGACCGGUCCUGACAACACCACAGUCGGCAACGGCAGUGAUUUCUCCGUGCGGUCGGCUGGUUUUGAACACGAGGGCCUGUACGUUUGUGCCGCCCGCAACAGCCAGGGAAGCGCAACUGUGAAGUUCAACGUGGAAGUCGGCGUUGACUGGUUGCCUAUCAUCGCAGGCGUGUCAGCGCUGUUGUUGGUCAUCUGCGCGGUCGUUGGUGUGUUUGUCUACUACACCUACUACAAAAAGACCAAGAUGGGAUGGUACCAAGUCCGGCUUUUGGGUGUGGCCAAAUAACUGCCAACUGCCAUUCCUGGAAUGAUAUGAAGAAUGUACUUGAUCCAACAUGAUCCUCCCAUCUGGGUUGGUAUAUCAUACUCAUUGCUGUCUUCCUUUGUGGUCUGGUAUCCAUGACCAUUCAAAGGGGUUGGUUAUUGUAAUUAAUAGAGGUGGGAAAAAUAAUAAAUUCUUCGAUGCAUCGCGAUUCUCUCUAGAACGAUUCCGUCUCGAUGCAGAUAAAUUAAUAAUCAGAAUAAAUAAAAUAAAUAAUAAUAAUAAUAAUUUGUUCGCCUACUGCAACAUUUUGUUCGCUAGAGAGGGAUCAUUUUAGUAAUUUUAAAAUCAUUUAAUUUAUCUUCAGUGUGUAUUGGCCAAUCUGAUUUGUCUUGACACAAUAGCGAUUCAGCCUACCCAUAGCAUACACGCAAACUCACAGCAAGACACAAUAACUCCUACUAAUUCAAGAGCAGCUUUUUCUUUAAUGACAUAGAAAAGAAAGAUUAGAAAGAAAAGAAAACUGAAACCUAUUUUUUUACAUACUCCCAUAUUGUGUUGUAAUGACAGCUGCAUUGAUUAUUGCAUUGUUGAUAGGAAGUCAUAUUUGUGACAAAAGCUUUUUCUCUAAUAAAAUAUUAGAUAAGUUAAUUCAUCUGUUGAUGUCUUUAAUGAUCAUCACAAAAGUAGGAAGUGAUUAGCCAACUCUGAGUAGCAAAUUGAGAUGUAUAUAUAUAUUUGAAAUUCCCGCAUGGAAUGUACAUAAAAGAAAUUGUUGCAUCGAGAUGCAUCGAUAAUCGUUUUAGAAUCGAAUCGUUGACCUCAUAAUCGGAAUCGAAUCGUGAGGUGCCAAGAGAUUCCCACCCCUAGUAAUUAACAAUAAUUUUGUACAGGCCAGACUUUCUUGACACUAUUUUUAUAUGAUAAUUAGGGGUGAUUUGUUUAUAAGAAAUCGCCCCCUCCUGCUGCACGAUUGAAUCAACUUUUAUUAAAAACUUUUCUGCUUUAACAAUUUUCUGUCUAAAUUCUGUUAUGGGGGUCUU